AAAGACAGUCCUCUCUCUCGGCUCCCUGGGAAGCCGAAGCUGCUACAAAACACACACACACACACACACACACACACACACACACACACACACACACACACACCUCGAUCUUUCUUCCCCUGGAUACAUGAGAAGCUGAGUGAGGCUCCCGGGCGGGCCGGGACCGUGGCCGCUGGACAACGGAGCCUCCCCGGAGCGCCCCCAUUUGGAUUGUACAUUUCAGCACUUUGGACAGCGCCCGAGGCUUCGGGGGCCUCUGGGCGGGACCAUGGCGAGUGUGCAGCAGGGGCGAGGAAACAGCUCUUCGAGAAGUUCUGGCAAGGGACCUUCAAAGCCGUGGCCACCCCACGGCCGGAGAGCAUCAUCGUUGCCAGUAUCACCGCCCGCAAACCUCUCUCAAGCACUGAAAUCCAGAGCUGUGUGGCAUAUCCAUCUGAGGACGGACCCCCAAAAAAGCUGAGACAGCAGGAGACCUCCAUUGUUAAUGGCUGGGAGCAGGGAAAGGCUAGCCAGGAGCUCACACCCACUAGGACACACAGUUCUUCCCGGGAUAAGGACUUUCUACCACAGCCUUCUUCCAGGAGCAAGAAGAAAAAGAAGAAAUCAUCCCGGAAGAAGCGAAGGAGGUCUCCUUCCCACAGUCCAUCACCAGUGAAAAAGAAGAAGAAGAAAAGUUCUAAGAAGCACAAGAGAAACAGGUCUUUCUCCAAGAAGAGAAGACAUAGUUCCUCAAGCCCCAAAAACAAAAGAAAGAAAGAAAGAAGACACCAGAAACAAACAUCAAGUGGAGAAAAGAAGACACCUCUAUCAGCCUGUCUUCCAAUCGUCACAGUUUUUAGAAACAAAUCCCGAAGUCGGCCUCGAAAAUCUCACCGCCAUCGUCACCACCACUGGCACUCUCAGUCCCCCAGCCCUGAGCAUCGCUCCUCCAGCUGUGACAGCAGGCACCAGAUCAAGACCACAGAUGGAAAGUCCAGGUCCAGGAGGAGGAACUCAAGGCGCUACUCUAAGGCUAGACGAAAGGGAUUUGGGACGAAUGGUGAGACCCGGUCUGGCCACGUCCCCAGACAGUCCUUCCAGGUCUACAACUUCCUCUCAGCCAAUGAAUUCAUUUCUCAGGAGGGGUCUUCCGUUGACCUCUUUACCAAAACAGUCACUCCACUUGGGAGUAUCAAGGACCACGGAGGGUCCCAGGAAUAUGACUCAGGAAAUGACACUUCCUCCCCACCCUCCGGAUUAACCAGCUCAUCUAGCCCGAAGGAUGUCCAGGACAAAAGGAGUCCCAAACAGCCACGGGAGCGGAUUGACUUGACUGGCAGCAAACCCGAAGUACUGCUCAGCAGUGAUAACAGCUCUGAUUCGGGGAAUUCCUUCACCACUAGUUCUUCCCAGGUCAAGGAGCCCAUUUUGGGGACUCUCUCUUCAGAGACCACGUCCAGAGAUUCAAGAGAAUUCCAGUCUCGGUGUCCCGGAUGUUCCAAGGUGAAGGUGAAUCAUGUCUCCUCACCAACUUUGAGGUCCCCGCUGAGAGUCUGCUCUCCAACUUCCACCUACAACAGCCCUGCCAGGUCCUCCCUGACCUCCAGCCAGUCAACCCUGUCACCGAAUCAUAGAAGAACCUCCCCCAGAUACACUCGAAGCUGCUCCAGCUCCUCAGAGAAGAGGUACUAUUCUCGGUCUCCCUGUUACACAACCAAGGCUGGCAAGUUGAGUCCUUCAAAAAGAAGCCCCCGGUCCCGUCGGAGUCCCAGUUACAACCGGUAUAGUCCUAAUAGAGACAGAGAUCGAGACCACAAAUAUGGACUCGUGGAAAAGGACAUCUCUCGGGAUCGAGAACGGAGACGACGGCGGUCUUACUCUCCCAUAAGGAAGCGCAGGAGGGAUUCCCCCAGUCACCUGGAGGCUCGUCGGAUCACAAGUGCCCGGAAACGCCCCAUCCCCUACUAUCGACCCAGCCCUUCCUCCUCCAGCAGCUUCAGCAGCUACUCCUCCUGGGAGAGCAGCCGAAGCCGAAGCCGAAGCCGAGGCCGCAGCCACGGCCGAAGCCGCAGUCGCAGCCGCAGCCGCUGUUAUUCUCGAAGCAGCAGUAGCCGCAGCCAAAGUAGCUGCAGCAGCAGUGGCAGCAGCUGUAGCACCAGCAUCACCUGCAGCGACAGUGAUGUGAUCAGUGAUCCUGGGAGAUACAACCGCAAUUAUGCCUCUGAAGGCAGCCACUAGAGCACAGGCCUCUAAGGGAGGCCUCCCAGCCACAGCCUCUGGACUCUGGUCCCUUUCUCCUUACUGACAGAAGCCUUGAGUCCUGGGGAGGCUCUAAGCCCCCCACCCACCCCAACCUCUUCCUCUGCUCCAGAGAAAAGAGAGGACCCACCAGCUCCACUCUCCUCUCCUUUGCAGCCAGCCAAGAGCCACGCCUGCCCUGCAAUCAUUCUGGACCAGACUCUGGGGGAGGGGGGUGAGGAAGAGACAGCCCAUCCAAGGCAGAAGGAGCCCUUUGUAUUAUCUAAAGACCACCGGGCCAGUACUUCAGAAAUGGGGCUUCAAGGGGGCACCAGGGAUGCCAGUGGGCUUAUAAUAUUCCAUUUGGUUGAAUCUUUUUUCCAUAAAAGGGCACAGCCAAAGGGCAGAUGGACCCCAUCAGGUGCCAUUUUGACUCUUUUCCCCCUACACUCACACACAUAGACACCUUGAUGUCAUUUUCACCAUCCCAAUCCCAAGAUGUUAUUUUGCAAUUCAUCCUAAAUCCAGGUUGACAGUGAGAGGAAACCAAAGGGCAGCAUUACUCUGAGGAGCAGAAGCUCAUUGGGGCACAUGUCCUCCACAAGUUUGCUUUUCCUCACUUAUCGAAGGAAGCUGAGUUUCCAUCCACACCAUCUCAGUGGGUGCCUCUGGUUAGAGGGAAUGGGGAGGAUGAGAUGAGAACCAGAAACAACCAAUGGUAGCAUUUGAUUUGGAAGUUGGGGACUGGCAGGGCAGGAGAGGGGAAGGAGGUAAGGGAGGGGAAGGAGACCCAACCCUGGCUACUAGUCAGUCUUGGGGGGGAAGGUUUCAAGGCCUGGAGGCCUUUGUCAAAGAAGGACUCUCCUUACCAGCCAUAUCAGCUCAGCAUAGGAGGUGGAAGGGAAAAUCAUCUAUUUGGCUUGCCUCUAGUUCAAGUUCCAUCUUGCUUCUGAACUUUGGAAAACACUCACCUCCCUGUGGGAGUGAUAUCAUGAAAGAUGCCAAACUGGCAUGGCACUGGUAGAAUUUGCUUUUGGCAGGCUCCAGAGAGACAGGGAGUGAUGAUCUUGGCCAACAAGAUAACUAGACCAAUGAGGAAGAGAAGAUAGUCUCCCACUCAUUGUGCCCAGUGUUUCUCAUACAACCACCACCUCAUCAGGUCAUCUGAAUGAUCAACUCUGGGGUUCCAAUGAGCCACUUGGCAGGAAAGACUUGCCCAAUCCCCUCUAGGCCAAGUACAACAGACACUGACAUUUCCAACAUCAACAGGGCUCUCCAGGCUAGGGGAGGCAAGUGAUAAAAAGCCACCCACCAUAGGCAGCUAGAUCCCAAGUGACUCAGAACUUGUGUUUCUUUUCCUGAACCUAAAGACAAGGUCUGAAAGGUCUGAUUCAUGUCCCCCCAAGCUGGCACCAACUUCAUUACAAUCAAACACCAGCUGGAAAUACCUUGUGUGCCACUAAUUCAUGCCAGUAGCCAAUGCCCACCAGUCUGGCCUAAUUCUCUCCUUGGCAUUUGCCCAUAAUCUCCCCUUUUCCCAAAUUCCAAGCUCCAGAAUGCAGACACCUCAGAGUCACCUUCCUGUGAUGCCUUGGGUCAAAGAUGGUAUCGAUGCCUCCAUUUCUCUGCCUAGGUCCCCUUUCCCAGAAACCUCCUGACCUCCAGGGAGUUUAGCUUCUCUUAGCCAAAGGUGCUUAGGUCCUGGAGCACAGAUCAUGUCCAGCAAAGGAUUGGGAGGGGAAAGAUUCUGAAGAGAAGAAUUUGACAACUCACACCACUGGCAUUCAGCUGUUGCUAGCUUUCAGUUAGAGGAAGCCCUAUUCUGGUCAUGCUCCUUGAUAUCACCCAUAGCCUGGUGCCAGGGGCAGCUGUAAGCCAAUAGGUGAACCACAAAUGCCAUGGACUGAAAUCAUAUGGUGGGUGCAAAAGAGUGCAAGGAAGGAGUUUUAAAUAAAAUAGAUCCAGGCAGUUUUCAAGGGGGAGGAAAGGGUUAGUUUCACUGGUCGGUUCAAGAGAGACAGGAAACGUCAGUCCCACUAUGUGGGUCCUCUUCUCAUAGAGACCAAGAACAUAGACUAAUUUUGGAUUGCCAGAGUUCUCACUGCCUCUACACUCACACACCCCAUGUAUACCUUUGGUCAGCAGGCUCUCUCUGACCCCAAGCCCCCAGAAGGCAAGCACCUGGCCAAUCAAAGAUUGUCAGAUAAUAUCUGGGGGAGCCUAAUAGGGUUUGUGGUCAGUAAAGAGAUGGAGGAAGGGCCAAGUUCAGCUAACUGAUGAUUCCUGUGAUUUUCCCAUUGGGAGAAAUAUAGGUGGGGGAAAGAGUGCUACAGUGGAUAGAGAUGGCCAGGGAGUCAAGAAAGACAUGAGUUCAAGCCUUGCCUUUGCCACAUGCCUUCACAAGCAGCCUGAGAUGGUUUUUAAGAGGCCCCACCUUCAGUGAUCCUCACUUGCCUCUGCCCCAUGGCUUUCCCCUUGAGCUUUAAACUCAAUCUUUCCCACUUCCAAGUUCAAGUUGGUUUUGUUCCAAGUCCAGCUGCCCAACAUCAAACUCAUGACAUCACCAACAUGGGGAAAAACAAAGUGAAAAGUUGUCUCCUGGGCACAGGAGGAACUUCAACUGGGGAGUUAGAGGGGAUGUACAGUUACUGUAUAUAUCCACCACAACAUGUGGACCUGACAUUCUUUAUUCAUGGAGAUCUGCAGACGAAAGGCCUUCGAGUGCCAUCCAGCCUCCUCUGGGAAGGCAAUGCGCUAAUUAAGGAGAACUUACAGCCCAGACAGUCUUAUGCGGUCAGCUCUCUAUGAGGUCAACGCUGGAAUUGGUUUGGGCCACUUUUCAAGGACUGCUUCAAAUCACUUUACUCUGUGAAAGCUACUACGCCUCGGGGGUUGGGGGUUUCUGGGCCAUUGAUGCUGGAGAAAACCCUACUAACUUAUUUAUUUAUUUAUUGUUAUUAUUAUUUUUUGGAGGCAAUCAGUCACCAUUUAGCAGUAUUUAUUUAUUUAUAUGAAGGGACAAGCAGGGGGAGGGGGGCAUUUUAAAGUUAUUUUUAUGUCUAAUUUAUUCAUGGCACUAUAGAAGUCUGAGGGCUUACAAGAAGGUUCUUGGGAUGCCUCUCAAGGAGUUGGGCUGUGAGCCUUUUGCUCUUACCCUAUCUGUUGGGGUAACCAAAGUGUAGUUGGGUACUUGUGAUGAGAGCAGCAUGAGCAAUGACACUUGGUGGAGGGAGCCAUAAGGACAAUCCUGCUGGUCUCUUCCAACCUAGCAGAAACCAUUAGGCUGGGAGACCCAUCCAACCACUCUCCUGAUACCUCACUGGGAGGAGCAUCCGAUCUAAUGAUUUACUGUGCUUAUGGUUCUGGGUGCUGUGAGUCACCUGUUCUGGUGAGUGUGGUUGAGUCCCUUUGCUCCCUGGGAAGAGCAGAGGGGAAUUCUGAAGUUCAGGAUCUUAUAAGCAAGAUCUCUGCCCCAUAGCAGCUGAAUCUAUCCAACAGGUUUCAUUUUGAUUCAAGGGUUCAGUUUCCAAAGCACUUAAUUUGUCAGGGACCCAGAAACCAUGUGACUGACAACAUAGGAGGGAAAAGAGAUCCACCUAGAUAUAAGUUUUUGAGUCAGGUCACUCCAGAGACCAACCCUGACCCCAGACAGGAGUGAUGCCUGAUGGGCUAUUUGGAUCUUUUGCCCAACUUUUUUCAACGUUUUGAUUUCCACUCCCAGAGACAUUUGUCUCUGUCAGAUCAACCUGUUAAAUUUGAGUCCAUUUCCUAAGGUCACUGUUGUUUUUCUCCUAAUGGCAUGACUCUGUUUAACAUAAGAUGGCCUGUUCCAAUGGCCUAGCCUUAGGUUUGGAAGGAUCUUCACAGUAUGUUUUAUAUUCCUGAGUGUUUGUGGGGGCGCCAUGUAUUUUUCUUGGAAAUAGAACACAGAGUUAUUGUAUCUUAUGUCUAUGUGAAUUAUUGUGAAUUGGAAGGAAGUCCAUUGCCACCAAGCAUGAUGGUCCCCACAGAGGACUUUGGGAAGGUCAGAAAUGGUUCAAGGGCUUUGAUCAAAAGCCUAAAAUGUCUCAGUUGAAAAUAUUAAUGUCUCCCAGGGAACUACUUGAGUUUUUCCUUCCCGUUCUCUACAAGUCUUUCUUAUUUCCUCCCUCUCUCCCCCAAGUGAAACAUGAACCUUAUGACAAUAAAGAGCCUCAAUUAAUCAGAA